ACCCUGUGGACUCCAGCCUAAGGACUCUUAUCUUUUGCGGUUGGCGUUUCUACCUCUUUCCCUUGUGGUUGGUGCUUCUACUCAGAGCUGCCAGGAUGUGUGGCAGGUUCCUGAGGCAGCUAUUGGCUCUAGAGAGCCAGCACUCCACCCUCAUGGGGCGCCUCCUGCUUCCUGUGCUCCUGGGAUUCCGCCUUGCUUUGCUGGCCGCCAGUGGGCCUGGGGUCUACAGUGAUGAUCAGAGUGAAUUUGUGUGUCACACCCAGCAGCCAGGCUGCAAGGCUGCCUGCUAUGAUGCUUCCCACUCGCUUUCUCCACUGCGCUUCUGGGCCUUCCAAGUCAUCCUGGUGGCUGUACCCAGUGCCCUCUAUGCGGGGUUCAUCCUGUGCCAUGUGAUUGAACACUGGGAAGAACCAAGAAAGAUGAAGAUUGAGGAAGAGACUCUGGUCCAUAAAAGGGACAGCUGCAGAGAUGCCUCAGGGGCCGGAAGCCACAAGAUGCUCUGGGCCUAUGUGGCACAGCUAGGGGCUCGAGUGGUCCUUGAAGGGGCAGCCUUGGGGGGGCAGUACCAUCUGUAUGGGUUCAAGGUGCCCAGUUCCUUUUCAUGUCGUCGAGAUCCUUGCCUCGGCAGCAUAACCUGUAAUCUGUCCCGUCCCUCUGAGAAGACCAUCUUUCUAAGGACCAUGUUUGGGAUUAGUGGGCUUUGCCUUUUGUUUACUCUUCUGGAGCUUGUGCUUCUGGGUUUGGGGAGAUUGUGGAAGCUCCAAAAGCACAGAUUUUCCUCUUCUAACUGCUUCUCAACUUCAGAGAGCACCACAAGACACAAGGAACCAACCAGUAACUUCCCAGUUGUGGAAACAAAAGAGUAGUUUUGAGAAGCAGGUGAGAAGGACCCUAACCCCAAUGUCUUUCCCUUCCUGCCCCUAAUGUCUCUAUACUGAUAAUCUCUAUCCAGGGCAGGUUCCUCAUCCUUCUGGGAAGUGCAACUUCUGCAUGUUACAAAGUAGAUCACCAAUUUUCAGGCAGAUGCAUUUUGACCACUGCCCCCACCAUUUCCCCGUUCCCAUUCCCAUCAAUUGGAUGACUCCUUCCAGUGAACCAGGAUGAGAGCACCAAUCUGCUGCACUUGCUGCUUUUUCAUUUAGUUCUUUCCUCACUUAAGAAAACGUCUCAGCUUUUGCUUGACUUCAGCUCAUUUGUAGAGGAUAUCAUGAUUGGAUCUUCUUUAAAAUGUCCAUUGAGUGAAGAUUCAGACCCAGGACAAAUUAGAGGCUGUUGAAGGAUAUCUAAGGGCCACAGUGGGCCAUGCAGUUGAAAGCACAAUAUUGAGGAAUUCCUUAUUAUUUCUUCUCACCAGAAUUGUCUGGUGUCAUCAUCAGAAUUUUCGUAGGGUUGGUUAAAGAGUCACUGAACAGAAACAUACAUGAACCAUGUCUCUCCCUUGCCAUGCUCAAUAAAUAUUGAUGACACUAAUGACAUUCACUUUGGUGAGGACAGUGUUCUUUUCUGUAUCAUGUACUCUACUUAUUUCUUAUGCUCUGUAUUCUGUGUUCCCUAUGACUUUGAAGUCCUAUAAUUUGUGAAUGGUACCCAGCCCUGUAGCCAUGGAAAUUUUGGCUAUGGAAAAACAAGUGUACAUAACCCAAAGUCCUUUAAUAUCAGGAUAUUUGUUCAAUUACUCAACCACAUCAUUGGGAAGAUUACUGUGAUUUCACAGGCUGAGUCCCUAUGAGCUUGGGCAGCUCUGAUUUCUGCUCACUUCUCACUGGGUACACUGCAUCUGUCCCCAUGGUCUUUGACACAGUUUAAAUGCAGGCCCAAGUCCCUAAUUUUGAAAUUCAUUGCUCUCAAUACUGCACAGCAAAGACAAGAGAAUUUUAAAGGUGAUUUAAGAAUAAUAGCAAAGGGAAGUUUACAACUGAAUGUAAUUCAGAGGAUAAUUUAAAUUUGAGCAUCAAGUUUUUUUUCUGGAGUCUUUCAGUUAUUUCUGUUGGAGAAUGUGUUACCCAUAUGCUUUUUGGCAGAAUCCCCUUU